AUGGAUGCGGGGGCGGGGUACCGCCUGCGCGUGGCGGGAAUCGAGCGGACGGAGUUGCUGCUCCAACGCCACGAAGCUGAAUUAACGGCGAAGGCACACCUCCUUGAGCGGGCGGUGGCAAUCUCAAUGCAACCGGCACUCGAGGACUGGCAGAAUCGUGUUGAGGCAGCGCUGAAGAGUGUUCCAGUGCGCAACAGCGGCAUCACGGCUGCAGAGAUGCUCAAGGAGUGGGAAGAACUCGUUGUGCGUCUAGAGAAGCACGCUGCACAACUGCGGCAGAAGGACGCGGAGAUUAGCGGGCGCGAGCGCAGUGUGACGCAGCGCGAGGCUACACUGCAGCAGGAGUGCCAGCGUCUUGUUGAGUCACAGGAGGCCCUCGCCGAAGUCCGUGCGGCUGUUGAGCAGCGCACACGGGAGCUCACUCAGCGUGAGGCGGAUUUGGCGCGACGUGGCCACUUUGCGGCGGCGGCGGCUUCGGCUGAAGAGUGGCGCGAAAAGACCCGGCGUGCCGCUGUAGCAAUGCAAGAAAGAGAGGCACAUAUGGCUGUAGAGUGGGAGCGGUGCCAGCAGCUGAUAGAAGCGCUGUCGGAAAUUUGUGGACGAGUUGCAUCGCUCCUAUGA